CCCCCGCGCGCGCGCCGGCGCCGCUCCCGCCGUCCGUCGUCGCGGCCCACGAGCGCGCGUCGGCGGCGGGCGAGCGCACCUACAAGGACCCGGAGACGGGCCUGACGGUGUUCACGGCCUUCGCGCACGCGCAGCGCGGCGUCUGCUGCGGCGCGCGGUGCCGCCACUGCUGCUACGGCCACGAGAACGUCGGCGCGCCGCGGCGCGCGCGGCGCGCGGCCGCGGCGGCGCCGCGCGCGCGGCCGCCGCGCGAGUCGCGCGUCUACACGCGGUCCGGCGACCGGGGCUCGGCGCGCCUCGUCGGCGAGCACGAGGCCAUCCUGCCCAAGUUCUCCGCGGUCUUCGAGGCCGUCGGCGACGUCGACGAGCUCGGCGUGAAACUCGGCGUCGCCGCGUUCCACACGCCCGCCGCCGCGCCCGGCGCGCCGGACGUCAAGGCGCGCCUCCUGCGGACCCAGGCGCUCCUCCUCGACGCCGGCGCGGCGCUCACGGUGCUCGAUGGCCAGAAGGGCACCUACGCGUCCGCCGCGCGCGACGCCUUCGACGACGACGAGAUCGCCGACCUCGAGCGCGAGGUCGACGCGCUCGACGCGGCCCUGCCGCCCCUGCGCAACUUCGUCGUCGCCACGGGGCCGCUGGCGUGCCUCGCGCUCCACGACGCGCGCGUCGUCUGCCGCCGCGCGGAGCGCCACGUCUGGAAGCGCGUCGCCGAGCUCGACGCGGGCGAGCGGUCGCGCGUCGAGUCCGUCGCCAGGUUCCUCAACCGCCUCUCGGACUUCCUCUUCGUCGCCGCGCGCGGCGCCGCGGCCCAGGACGUCGUCUACGACGUCUCCGCGAACGUCCGCCGGAAGCGGCGCGAGAAGGGGCGCGGGGACGACGAGUAACCGCGGCCGUUUUUUUC